AUGCAGCGGACAGUAGAUGUUAUCUUUCGUCGAUGUGGUGUAUGGUCGGCGGUAGCUGGUGGAUAUAUGCACCAAGGAAGUAGUAGUCGAAAAUGGUUGAUGUUACGGCAACUGCAUCGUUUAGCGCAGCAUGCUUUGGAAAAUCAACAGCCUCGUCAGCAUCGCCGUUUUGCAACACUGGCAAGCAAAGCAAAGAAGGAGAAACAGAAGAAUGUGGCAGCAGAAAAAGGUGCGUCAUGUGCUAUAGCUGCUGCUGGUCAGACUUCAAAUGUUGGCGAUGAAUCCAAGGGUGGAGAUCCGGAGUUUCUGGAGCACCGCAUCAAAAUAUACGAUGAGUUGAUGGCGCAGUACAAAGAGGAGCUGGAGAAGAAAGAGAAAGUACCCAUUAAGGUAACGUUGCCUGAUGGCAAGCAAGUCGAUGGGUUAAGCUGGCAAUCCACUCCAUACGAGGUGGCUAGAGGAAUUAGUCAGGGCUUGGCGGAUAACACUGUCAUCGCACGUGUAAACAACGAACUUUGGGAUUUGGACCGCCCUCUUGAGGGUGACUGUAAACUGCAACUACUCAAGUUCGACGAUCCUGAAGCUCAAGCCGUGUUUUGGCACAGCUCGGCACACAUUUUGGGAGAAGCGAUGGAAAAACGAUAUGGAGGGCAUCUCUGUUACGGACCCCCGAUCGAUAACGGCUUCUACUACGAUAUGUUCCUUGAAGGAAGUGGAAUUUCUAACCAGGAUUACGGGGUGCUGGAGGCUGAGGUGAAGAAGAUCGUCAAAGAAAAGCAACCGUUUGAACGAUUGGAGAUGAAAAAAGCAGAUCUGCUGCGCAUGUUCGAGUACAACCAGUUUAAGGUGCGCAUUUUAAACGAGAAAGUAACAACCGACACAACAACAGUGUACCGCUGCGGACCAUUAAUUGAUCUGUGUCGUGGUCCGCAUGUAAGGAACACGGGAAAGGUAAAAGCUUUGAAAGUGGUCAAAAAUUCGUCCACCUACUGGGAGGGAAAAGCGGAUGCGGAAACACUUCAGCGUGUAUAUGGUAUUUCGUUUCCCGAUCCGAAGCAACUGAAGGAGUGGGAAAAGAUCCAGGAGGAAGCUGCCAAACGCGAUCAUCGUAAAUUGGGAAAAGAGCAGGAGUUAUUCUUUUUCCACGAGCUGUCUCCCGGUUCGUGCUUCUUCCAGCCGAAAGGUGCUCAUAUUUACAACACGUUGAUGAAUUUCAUUCGUGGCGAGUAUAGGAAGCGUGGUUUUCAGGAAGUCAUCUCGCCCAACAUCUACAAUGCUAAGCUUUGGCAAACAUCUGGCCACUGGCAGCACUAUGCCGAGAACAUGUUUUCAUUCGAGAGCGAAAAAGAAACAUUCGCAUUGAAGCCAAUGAAUUGUCCUGGACACUGUUUGAUUUUUGAUCAUCGCAAUCGAUCGUGGCGCGAAUUGCCGCUUCGCAUGGCCGACUUUGGUGUGCUUCAUCGAAAUGAGCUAUCGGGAGCGCUAACUGGUUUGACACGUGUGCGCCGGUUCCAGCAAGACGAUGCGCAUAUCUUCUGCAUGCCUGAGCAAAUUCGAGAGGAAAUCACCGGUUGCUUGGACUUCCUGAGGCACGUGUAUACCGUAUUUGGGUUCACGUUCAAUCUCGUCCUUUCGACACGCCCCGAAAAGUAUCUCGGUGAGAUUGAAGUAUGGAACGAAGCAGAAAAGGCUCUCGCGGAAUCACUGGACAAGUUUGGCGAACCCUGGAAAGAAAACCCCGGGGAUGGUGCAUUCUACGGACCGAAGAUCGAUAUCACGAUCAUGGAUGCGCUCAAGCGAAAUCAUCAGUGCGCCACAAUCCAGCUUGAUUUCCAACUCCCGAUUCGUUUCAAUCUGAACUACAUCGACGACAAUGGGGAAAAGAAGCGCCCGGUCAUUGUUCAUCGUGCGGUGCUCGGAUCAGUGGAGCGUAUGAUUGCGAUUUUGACGGAGAACUAUGCAGGCAAGUGGCCAUUCUGGUUGUCCCCACGGCAAGUGAUGGUGGUACCGGUUGGCCCAGCUUAUGACGAAUACGCCGAUAAAGUGCGACAACGAUUACACGAAGCAGGAUUCAUGGCUGAAGCAGAUUUGGAUGCCGGCGAUACCAUGAACAAGAAAAUUCGCAACGCACAACUCGCACAGUUUAACUUCAUCUUGGUGGUCGGUGAUAAGGAACGCAGCUCUGAGACGGUAAACGUACGCACCCGUGACAAUAAGGUGCACGGCGAGGUAACCGUAGCUGAAUUGAUCAUGAAGCUAUCAAAACUGCGAGAUGAAUUUGCUCGUGGAGAGGAUCAGUUUUAAACGGAUUUGAGUCUUUUUGCAUUUAAGGCGCAGAGUUGUGCAGAUAAAAUCCCGUAGCACUCUGCUGAUUAAAACGUGUGUGCUGAGUAGACAGAGUCUAAUUAAUCUUUGAUUAUUUUAUAAUUUAUUGUCACUUUAUUCGUUUUGCUUGUACUACUAUUAUUACUUAUUCGAAUGGAAUAAAGUGUCUUC